UGUUACAUCCGGCCAUCCGUAGUUUUCACUUCCGGAAGGUGGGGCUUUUGUUGCAGGAGCGCUUUGCAUUUGGAGAACCAAUGCCUCGAAAUGCUCUAUUAAUGCAGGCGUCAAGAUAACAUCAACCGAGGGGCAGAAAUACAAAUCCUGCUUCGGGUUGUGUCAGAGAGUGCCUGGGCGCAGAGACGUGUAUGCGUGGGUGUGUGUGCGCAUGUGUGUGAGUGUGUGAAAGAGACAGACAGAAGAAUCCAGCGAUGGCUACUGGUAAAGGUAAAAACCAGAGCUCUCUGACACUGCACAAGGUGAUCAUGGUGGGCAGUGGAGGCGUGGGGAAGUCGGCCCUCACCCUGCAGUUUAUGUACGAUGAGUUUGUGGAAGACUACGAGCCCACCAAGGCAGACAGCUACAGGAAGAAGGUGGUGCUGGACGGGGAGGAGGUCCAGAUUGACAUUCUGGACACAGCCGGCCAGGAGGACUACGCUGCCAUCAGGGACAACUAUUUUCGCAGCGGGGAGGGCUUCCUGCUGGUCUUCUCCAUCACAGAGCACGAGUCCUUCACUGCCACUGUGGAGUUCAGGGAGCAGAUCUUGCGGGUGAAGGCGGAAGAGGACAAGAUCCCUCUCCUGCUGGUGGGAAACAAGUCGGACCUGGAGGAGCGUAGGCAGGUAUCUGUGGAUGAGGCCCGAGGGAAGGCAGAGGAGUGGGGCGUCCAGUAUGUGGAGACGUCAGCCAAAACCAGAGCCAACGUUGACAAGGUGUUCUUUGACCUGAUGCGUGAAGUACGAGGGAAGAAAAUGUCAGAAAACAAAGACAAAAAUGGAAAAGGAAAGAACAAGAAGAACAAGAAGAGCUUCAGAGAAAGAUGCUGUUUACUUUGAACUCUUCAUGGACCGUAACAACCCACAGUACAGCUGUUAAGUUAAUGCGGAACAAAGCAGAGCGUCCUUGCCAUCGUCAUUCAAAUGAAAUCUGAUCUUUUUGUAAUAGCUGGUUAUAGUCUAGUGUAAGGAACAAUCUCAACCACUUUAUUUUUAAUGAAAUUUGAUUCAAUGGAGGAUAACCACUGUUAUGUGACUGUGACUCGGACUGCAGUGCUUGAUGGCUCGUAGUAGGCCGACAACCAAACUGCCAGUGACACUAACUCUGCUGCUCAAGACGUUUUCCACUGUUUAACUCAGCGAUUAUACUGCCUUUGACCUUCGUUCAGUGUGUCUUACACCCGAAUUGUUGAGUCUUUGUUAACAGUGCUCUUAAUUUCUUUACCCGCUCUCAGUCUUAACCCAGUCUGUUAGUGUAAACCCAUUGAAUCCAUGUUCAUCAAUUUACAAGGAACUCUAAUGCUGCUGUCUGUCAUGUUUGUAAUCUUUUAUGAUGACAUUUAAUGUCGACUGUUGAAGAUGUUGGCCUCAUGAACUCAUUCAUCUGUCCCGACUCUGAUCUCUUUGACUUCAGAGCAUGUUUGGGACGACUGUUUCAAGCGUUUUCAUCUUACAGCCCUCGAGGCUGCAGAUUUCUUUUUUUAAGUUCAUUUGAGGAUCUGUGAUUUUCUGACCACAGAAAAUCACAAGAGAACUUGUUUGCCAAAAAGGGUUAUUUUAUUCGAUUUUUUUUUAUCAGGCCUAAAACCACAAAUCAAUCAUAAGAUGCUUUGUGGUUUUUCAGCUGCAGCAAAAAAUAAAAUCUUUUGUGAAUCACAGAAAGGAACAAAUCACAGCUUCAUUUAAAAUAUUUAAACAUCUGAAAAGAAGCUUGUUGUUACUAGCAUCGUGUUGCUGGUAAAUGAGCAUUGUCUAAAAUGAAAGAGUAGACCUGUUUUUCUCAAUGGUGCUCUGCCAUGUUUCUGUAAUCCAGCCCCUCUCACAGUUCAGACAACUUCCUGUUUUACACGACUGUUGAAUUUGGAGUCUGUACUGUGCGAUAGGUGUUGACAAUCCAGGAGGCCAUCAAACUUUUAAAAAUCAACAGCGUGUCAUUACCCUCAAGAGUUCAGAUUUUCUUAUUAUGCUUUGGUCUUUUGAAUAACAUGCACUACAUUUCAGAUACCUAAGAAGUGGACUUCAUGUUGGAGUCAUUUUUAAACAGUUUGUGCCAACAAAAUCACACACACACACACAUACACUCACAGAAAAAUCAAACUAUGUUUGUGGAUGUACAGUAUGUAUGUUAAUUAACAGAGUGUAUGUGCAUUUACCAGAAAAUCCCACAACCUUUCUGUGUCGGCGUGCGUGAAGCUUUGACGAGAGAGCCAACUUCUUAACUGUUUAAUCAAGUGCUACAAUGAACAAGAUGUUUGUACCACUGCCUGAAACAUUUCUUUGUAACUUGUCCUCCCCUGUUCCUUUACUUCCUCCAGCUGUGAGUAUGCUUUUAUUGCUCUGCAGCGCGUGUUGUCGAAUAAAUGCUUUUUUUUCUCCUU